UAUUUUUCGGCAAUAAAUCUAACACCACCAUUUUACAUAUCACCUAACCAGGUCAGAGAUGAACUUAGGAACGAAACUCUGCAGCUUGCUAAAUACACGAACUCAAUUGCAGGAGAGAAUCUGGAGAAAGAACCACGCAUAUUGGAGCUGAGGAAUCAGUGCAGAAUAAUUCGGACGAGUGAGCUAGCUACCGCUCAAGAAAAAUUGCAUGAAUUAGAGAGGAAAAAGGAAGAGACACUCAAGUAUUAUUCUCCCUCAUCUCUACUCAAUCGACUUGAAGAUACCAUGAACAAAACAGAAGAGGAGUCAGAGGCCCUGCACAGGCAGCUUCUUGAUAGAGAGAUUGAUCUUUCAGCAUUUGUACAGAAAUACAAGAAGAUGCGUUAUGCCUAUCAUAAGCGUGCCUUAACCCAUCUUGCUGCCAAGACAUCUGCCACUGCU